AUGUACCAGAUAGUUAUAUUUGCCUCGGUUCAUGCCAUGGGCGUCGAAGCUGAACCGCUCCUCGACGACCACGAGCACACGGUGGACUUGGAAGAUGCUCGUAUCUCUCGAAAAAACUCUCGUUGGUGGUCGUGGUUGAAAUCAAUGUUGGCACACGCUCUGACAGUGCUGUUGGUCGUCAUUGCAAUCAACUUCAUCCCCCAUGUGCGUACCGUGCUGCUCUUCCGGGAAGCCCCACGGCCGAAGCUGUAUUCCCCCCUCACUCCUGCCAUCGUGUAUACCAUCGAUAUGCCGCCGUGGGACUACUGGAGCAACGACUUGUUUUUUGGCCCGCCCAGCGAUGAAUCGGAACGUGCUUGGAAUCGUUUGAUACAUCCACACGGCCUGCAAGUAUUUCCUGAAGAGGCCAAACACUUGAAUGCGUCGCGCACCGUGGUGAUGAAGAAUGGUAACAGUCUGUUUAUGCUGGGCGUGUAUCAUAACCUUCAUUGUCUGCGACGUAUCCGUCAGACACUCCAGGCAGAUCAUUACUAUCCCAACAUGACGGCAGAGCAGAAGGAGAAUGAUCUGGAACAUAGCUCGCACUGCCUCGAAGCGCUGCGUACCUCGAUGAUGUGUCAUCCUGACCUAACCACUAACCGGUUCUACUGGUCGAACCGGCCGUGGCAUGACCUCAGUGUGCGCCCGGAUGUGAAGCGGGAGUGCGUGAAUUGGGAUAGACUGGAGACUUUCAUGCGGGAGCGCAGACUAGGGAAAGAAGUUGAAAAUCGAGGGACCACCACUGCCUUUACGGCCACGUUAGCAGCUUGCCAUAAAAGAUUCCUCUACUGCUGGUCUUACCAGGCCAUGCCGGCCAUCCAGGACAUCCGCAUUCACGCACCCGUCGUGGUUGCGGAGGCCGCAUGUUUGAUCGUCUUCUGCUCGCUGAUGGUGGGACUGCGAUUCUUUGCGCGGCGCAUCAAGCGCUCACGCCUGGAGCUUGAUGACUGGGCGGUUGCUAUGGCCUUGCUCUUUGUUAUUGGCAUGGCCAUUACUAUCCUCAUCGAAACCGGCAUGAAGGGAUUUGGUUAUCCAGCGUCCGUGGGAGAUGCAGGGCCAAAUCAUCCAAAUGCCAACGUGGCCGGCUGGCCCACUGAACUGCUACAAGUCCCCGCCCUUGGCUGUAUCAAACUCAGCUUUCUCUUCUUUUACCGCCGUGUCUUCACCAAGUAUGUUGCCCGUGAGUUCGGCUGGAUUACCAUGUCCAUGAUCAUUGCGGUGACAGCCUGGACGAUCUGCUUCUUCUUCCUGCUUCUGUUCCUCUGUAGCACCGAUUUUGCCGCCUACUGGACCAGCAGCGAGAGUGAGGAUAAAUACUGUCUGCCCACGGGCAAAGUACAUAUGGCCUAUGCCAUAUCGGAUGUGGUCAUGGAUAUCUUGAUUAUUUUGCUGCCUCUCAGCGAGAUCUGGAAACUCCGUCUCACUAUCCAUCGCAAGGUCGGUGUUAUGUGUGUGUUUGGUCUUGGUGCUAUAACCAUCGCCAUGUCAAUCGUUCGCAUGGCCAUCUAUCAACGAGCGCUGUCUGUACAAUUUGACCCAGACUCUGACGAGGAGUAUCUCACUACCCUCACCACCUACUUCUCCAUGCUCGAAGCCGGGCUAGGUGUCAUCGCUGCCUGUCUCCCCGUGCAGUACGGCCUCCUCAAGUCUGAAAAUAUGCGGAAUGUCAUCCGCAGCAUCCACAGCCUCACAUCGCUUGGCUCGCGCGGCGGCACCAGCAACAGCAACAGUAAUAGCAAUAACAAUAGCAAUAACAACAGCGGCAAUGACAGUCGGAACAUGUCCGCUGCUCAAUCGCAGCGUUUCUCCGACAUAAAUGGCUCGCAGAUCUCUGAUAUUGGCGCACCGCUACCGGCUAAUGCUGCUGCCACAGCUAGUUCUCAUGCCAUGAUGGACCAUUUCGACGACCAGGGUAUUAUGGUGUCCAAGUCCUCCGGCACAGAGGCGCAGGCAGUGUAA